AUUGCAAGUUUCUGUGAGCAGGAGGAGGUGCUGUUUCGUAAGAGAUUGUUCUUGUUUCCAGGCUAGCUCGAAAGUUGAAUUUUACAAUUUCUUAAAAGAAAGCCAGCUUUUAUCCUCAAUUUUGUUUCUCUUGCCGUCUGGACAUCGAUUAUGCCAAUAGGACAUCUCGCUAAAAUCGGAAUCGGCUGGGGCAUCAUCACGGUAGCUGGCAUCGGUGGGUUUGUCUACUCGAAGCGUUACGUCGACAAGAAUCGCUAUGAGAACAUGAAAAUUCGCGAACGCAUGCGAAAAUCAAACGAAGGAGAGUACACCGUCGAAUCGCCCCGCAGAUACGAAGCCUAG